UCUGUUCUUAGAUUGGACCGCAAUCAACGUUUAUUGUUCAUUCUAGGCUGAACCGGAAACAUGAUACGUAACAUCUUCGUCAAUCAAAUUGGCCAUGUCACUGCGUGGAAUAGCAUAAUUGGUAGCAUCAAAACAUUAAAUUAGAAGAAUUUAGUGGAGAAAAUGGCCUCAAAGACCAUUGACUUUAGCACAAGUUCCUAUGUUCAAAUAGUUUCCUGUUUCAAAACUGUGUAUUAGAUUCAUGUGCCCAAAUGUUAGAUAGCCACGAUCUCCUUCCUAGAUUAUCCUUUUUAAGUUAGAAUCCAUUUUUAUCCGUGUCAUUGUGACCCUCUCUCUCUCACAAACACACACCCCGUUAGAGUUAGAUGGCCUUCGCAAGUGUCAUUGCAUUUCUGCUUCUCCAAACUCUUACAGCUAGAAGUGAUUUCCUAUCUCCUCUGCUCUCUCCAUUAUAUGAGGAUGUCUGUAAAGAAGUGGAAUGUGGAAAGGGAACUUGCAAGCCUUCUAAGAAUAGAACUCUCUUAUUUGAAUGCGAUUGCGAUCCAGGUUGGAAGCAAGCUCUUUCUGCUCAUGAUCCUGGCUUCAACUUUCUUCCUUGCAUAGUUCCCAAUUGUACUCUGAACUACUCCUGCUCCCAGGCCCCUGCUCCUGUUCAACAAAAGGAAAGAAAAGCCAAUGAGUCAAUCUUUGAUGCUUGCCACUGGAUUGAUUGUGGAGGUGGCUCAUGCAACAAGACAUCCUUAUUCUCUUAUAGUUGCAAGUGUGAUGCUGGCUAUUUCAAUCUUCUCAAUGCCACUUCCUUACCUUGCUUCAGAGAAUGUGCUCUUGGUUUGGGUUGCUCUAACCUUGGAAUAUCAAUGACAAACUCAUCCACCGCUUCACCAACAAUGAAUGAAAAUGAUAGCUUGAUUUUAAGAGGAAGCUCUCCUUGGCUGCUCGUGCUGAUUAUAUUCAUAGCCAAUAUACCGUUGCAGUAGGAAAUUCGUGAAAACUGGAUGUUCUUAGUAAUAUAGGGCAGCAGAGAGUUCAAUAUCGUUACAAUUAAGCACCAUUAUAUUGCAAAGAAAUGAGAUUACGAGUUUUGACACCUGCAACUCUCGUGUAUUUGUCUUAGUAUUUCAUUAUCUUUGUACAAAAUAUAAAAGAAAACAUACCUCUGUAGUCUUGUUUCUGUCUAUGAUCAUAGCCAAAAUAAACUAUACUUUGUCUUG